UUUAUCCCAAAACCUGCUACGGCGGAGGCACUGCUUCACUUCUGCUCCUUUGCAACACCAGACUGUUCAUUUCCGCCUCCUCUACGUCCGACGCCAUGGAUGCAAUCAACGCCCAACUUCCGCUUUCGACCAAUUCGGACGACGAAAAUUUGGUCAAUGGAGAUGACCCAAUGCCCGACCUUCCCCAGAACCACACUUCCCCCGCCUCCGAUUCUUCUUCCUCCGACUCUGAUUCCGAAGUCGACGAAUCCGACCAGAAGCUCCAACUCCAGACCCUUCAAUCUGAGCUCUCCUCCAACCCUUCCAACUACGAUGCCCAUGUCCAAUAUAUAAAACUUUUGAGGAAAGUUGGCGACAUCGACAACCUGAGGAAAGCAAGGGAAGCAAUGAGUGAGAUGUUCCCUUUAACCCCUUCACUGUGGCAGGAAUGGGCCAAAGACGAAGCGUCUAUCAGUACUGGACCAGAGGAUGUUGCUGCAAUUGAGAGGCUAUAUGAGCGAGGGGUGUUUGAUUAUCUGUCAGUUUCUCUUUGGUGUGACUACCUAAAUUUUGUUCAAGAAUAUGAUCCAAUGGUGCGAGAUCGUGCAACUUCUAGAAUUAAAAAGGGUAGAGAUUUAUUUGAACGUGCUCUCACAGCUGCUGGUUUGCAUUUUACUGAGGCUGAAAAAUUAUGGGAAGCAUAUAGAGAAUUUGAGAAAUCCAUAUAUCAAAGCAUUGACGAAACCGAUACUCAGGCGAAAGAAAAACAAGUCCAGCUAAUCCGAAGCAUUUUCCAUCGUCAGUUGUCACUUCCUCUAUCUAACAUGAAUUCAACGCUUGAGGCCUAUAAGGCAUGGGAGAUGGAAGUGAAACAAGGCUGCAUUCUUGAUGAGAAAUCUAAUGACUCGGAUGGGGUUCCUUCUCAAGUUGCCUCAGCCUAUCAAAGAGCAUUGGAUAUGUAUAAUGCCCGUGUUCAAUUCGAAGAACAAAUAUCAAAACAGGAUUUAACUGAUACUGAAAGACUUCACCAGUACAUUAUUUACCUGAAAUUUGAACAAUCUGCUGGAGAUCCCGCAAGGGUACAAGUUCUGUUUGAGCGUGCAGUUGCUGAUUUUCCAGUGGUGGUUGAUCUGUGGCUUGAUUAUACCCGUUACAUGGACAAAACUUUGAAGGUGAGCAAUAUUGUGAGGAAUGUUUACUCUAGGGCGACUAGGAAUUGCCCAUGGAUAGGUGAUCUUUGGGUCCAGUAUUUGCUUGCUUUGGAACGUGCUCAUGCUUCUGAGGGUGAAAUUGCUUCCGUCUUUGAGAAAUCCGUGCUGUGCUCAUUCUCAACCUUGUAUGAGUACUUGGAUUUGUUUCUUACACGAAUUGAUGGCUUGAGGCGAAGAAUCUCAUCUGCUGUUGAGCUUGAGGAUGUGUUGGGAUAUUCGUUGAUUAAAGAGACCUUUCAGCGUGCAUCAGAUUACUUGUCACCACACCUAAAGAAUUCAGAAGAUUUAGUGCGUUUGUAUGCUUAUUGGGCCCGUUUAGAGAUAAACUUAGGAAAAGAUCUAGUUGCUGCCCGUGGAGUUUGGGAAAGUCUGCUUAAGAUCAGUGGCUCGUUAUUGGCAGCAUGGGAGGGUUACAUAGCGAUGGAAAUCGAGUCAAACCAUAUAAAUAAUGCCAGAUCCAUAUAUAAGAGAUGUUACAGCAAAAGAUUUCCAGGGAGUGGUUCAGAGGAUAUAUGCCAUUCAUGGUUGCGUUUUGAGAGGGAAUUUGGUAGUCUUGAAGAUUUCGAUCAUGCUGCUCGAAAGGUUAAUCCUCGUCUAGAAGAGUUAAAGUCAUAUAAGUUACAGAUGGAUGAGUCAGAAAAUCCUGCUAAGCCGAGUGAACAUGGUAAGCGAAAAUUGGGUGGCGAUGCACCCGAUGUAGAGUCUCCUGCUAAGAGACUAAAAGAUGCUGCACAUGGACCAAAGAAGGUUAAUGAGAAGGGUAAAGCUCAAUUACAAAGCUUAGAUGGCCAAACAGGAAACAGCAAAGCAAAAGCUAAAAAACCUGAUGAUACAAGUGACCAGCAAAUGAAAGAUUUUGUACAGGAAAAAGGGAAAGUGUAUAAUGACCAAUGCACUGCAUUCGUCUCCAACCUCAACCUCAAGGCUACUUAUGAACACUUGCGGGAUUUUUUCCAAGAUGUUGGUGGAGUUGUUGCAAUUCGAAUAUUGCAUGAUAAGUUUACUGGAAAAUCACGGGGACUAGCUUAUGUAGAUUUCUCUGAUGAUGCGCAUCUCAAUGCUGCAGUUGCAAAAAACAAGCAGUUGUUGCUUGGGAAAAAGAUAAGCAUUGCACGGUCAGAUCCUAAGAAAGGGGGAGGCCACACUACGGAUCGAGCUAGUGGAGGCAAGACAUCCGAGUCAGUAAGUUCUGCAAAGCCUCGGAAAGCCAAUGAGCAACCACCUAAUGAGAGGAAGGACGGAGGGAACAAAGUUGAGCUUAAGGGAAAGAACACGUUCGCAGUGCCUAGGAAUGUGAGAGCACUUGGUUGGACAGCAGAUAAACCAAGGACCGCAGAACAAGAGGAUGAGAAGCCAAAAACCAAUGAUGAAUUCAGGAAACUGUAUUUUAAAGGCUGAAGCCUUUUGUUGUAAGAAUUAGUAUGGACUAAAGAUUGUGACAUAGAUUAGAGUUUCUCCUGAUAUCACCAUAUCUCAAGAGGAUUUUUGUUUUAAAAUGAAAUUAAUAUCUUACUGUGAUGUAGAGAUAGUUUUGGCAUACCAUGGUAUCCUUUGAAUUGGAUCUGUUGUAUAUAGUCAGUUGAGAUUUCUUCUA